UCUGUGGCUUAAAUAACAAUAAUAAUUACAAAUUCAACGUUUCAAAUUGAAAAGAACAUUACCCACUAAAAAUAGUAUAAAACAAAAUAAUAUAUUUACUAUAGAAUAUUUUGAAUAGAAAUAUACAUAGAUUAUAGGUGCUUAUAUGAUUAUACACAAGUACAAAAGCAAUUUCUAUGACAGAAGAAGUAAUGAAAUUAUUUUUAGUGUGAUUGGACGGUAAAAAUGUAUUCUAAAUACUGUAUUGAAUACUUUCAAUAAAAAGUAUUCGGAAUACUACCCAAGUCUGCCAAAAUACUUAAAGCCUUAAAUGAUUAUGUUCAAAUAGGUUCAAUCAAUACAGACUUGUCCAAUAUCACUUCUUAAAAAAAUAUCUAUAUUUGGAAUUCAUGGUAAUUUCUUAAAUGAGUUAUGGUCCUACUUAAUCAGUCAAACUCAAACGGUAAAAGUAUAACAUAGUAUCUCCAUCUACUUCUCAGUUAGUUCUGGCAUACCUCAGGGUUCCCAUUUAGGUCCUCUUUUAUUCAUAAUAUUUAUCAAUGAUUUAUCCUCCAUUUUUGGUUACACGGUUAAUAUACUGUUAUUUGCUGAUGACGUAAAAAUGUUUUCUACGAUUUAUUCUCCGGCAGAUGCAUUAAAAUUGCAAGCAAACUUAAAUAAAUUUGUUACUUGGAAUCGCCCAAAUAGUAUAUCAUUAAAUAUCAACUAAUGUAAUAUUAUUACUUUUUCACGCACUGAGAAUCCCAUAAGUUUUAAACAAAAUUAGUAAGAAUCUAAAAAUAUUUAGUACUUGAGUAACAGAAACACUAAAGAUCACUUGUGCUGAUCUAAAUAGCUCUGGUUUAAUCAACUCCAAAUCCUACCAAUACUGUCUAAUACACAUGGAGUGAUGUAAACGAUGAAUAUUGUCAAACAAUUGUAACAACAAGCGAAUUGAUAUUGCUUCUACAUUAUCAUCUACUUCUUGUAUAGAAAUUAAAAUGUAUAAAACACAUAUACAAAUACAGAUACAAAUCGGUUUAAAAGUUAUAAAAAAUCAUGAUUUUGUACUACGACUUAGCCAAUCAUAUCCCUUGAUUCGUUAGGGUCUCUGCUAAGUGGGGAAUGCAUUUUAGAUGCAUACAAUUAGCAUACAGUGGUGGUGGGGUCGAGUUGUCCAGAAAAUUAUACUUGCUACAGGAUUACAGCGUGUAAAAUACUACGUUUAGCCACCAUUACAAGUCCAAUUCGCUUACCGGGGGGCUUAAAACUAUUUGGGGGUAUAGAGUAAGUCAUUUGGAGUCGAGUGAUAUCAUUUUGAAAGCUGUAGUACAAAAUUUUGAUUUUUAAUAUAUUUUUUUUCGAACUACAUGUCCCGGGUACAUAUACGGGUUACCAUAGACAGGAUUACUACAUAACAGGAUUACUAUAUAUUACUAUAGACAGGAUUAUAUUUCCAGUUUGGAGAACUAGAAUGACAGGAUUUGAUUGCAUUUCUUGAGCCAAUUUGUGCUCUCUAAAAACAUUACAUUUUAUUGCUUAGUUUCUGUACUAAGCACUAGUACACAUAAAAUCUUUAAAUAACUACUGUUAAUUCAUAUUGCUACCGACUUUUUUUUCAAUGUAACUCAUUGACACGUACCUCAACAUUUAGAAUUUUAGCCCAUUUAAGCAAUAGUUUGAAGGCCAAAAUAUUUAAACAAUAAAUAAUACUGUAUAUAUUUAUUUUAUAUUUCAUUUUACACCAUUGUUAACUAUUAAAUAUCUGUUGACUGCAGAAAUAAACUCGAUUCAUAAGGAUUAAUGACUGUUGUGGAAAAGUGUGACCGGAGGGGUUUAAUAACGUAGGCCUACAGAAUUAGUACAGAUAUCAUCUACCCUUUCACAAAAAAAUAAUUUAUAACACAAUACUUAUUCAUAUAGAAAUAAUUCGAAAGUAUCGUAAACAAUACGGGGAUCCAUCCCUUUCAUCAGUUUCAUUAUAUUUCCGAAAAUUAAAAAAUAAAAAUAUUUAAAGUAAAAUAUUAAGUAUUAUUGUCAGAGGAAUUACUAAUCGGCCUUUGACAGCGCUAUUUAGAAUUUUUUUUGGCACUAGUGAAUCAGUCUUUUUGGUUCCCCAAAUUCUGAACAAAAGAUUUAAACGGUUUAUUUUACCAGUUCGUGACACGAUUUCACCCAAAACUGAUGCGACGUUGCCAGAUGUAGUUUUAAAAAAAUUACAACAAUGUAAUUUUGUUUGAUUCUACCUGUAUUAUAUAAUAUCCAAUGGUUGCCCGCGCCACACGAUCAGUUGUACAAGCUACAAGGACAUCCUCACAUUCCUCAGAGGCCAAACAUAUCCACCACUGCUCAUUGUCAUCAGUUAUCAUUUCCCUGGUCACAGCCGUCCCGAAUACCUUUAUACAGUUUUCGACAGCCUCCCGCCGCCGCCACUGCUGUUUUAUUUUUAUUAAACAUUAUUGAAGAAGAUAUAUUGAAAAUGGACACCAAUCCCAAUUCAGACACCUAUUUGAAGAAUACACGUGAACUAGAUAAUUUAUCAACAGAAUUUGGCAAAUUAUCAUUGGCUGAAGCUCAACAAAGUAUUAACCAAUUAUUAGACAAUAUUAAAAUGAAGAGUUCUGAUGAAAUAAAAUUACCAACACCACGUAGUUCUAUUUUGCGUCCUAUGCUUAAGGUUUAUUUCGCGGAAAAAUUUGAGAAUUUUCAUUACAUUGACAAACAUCUGUAUUAUUUAAACCGUAAUAUUUACCAGUCAUUUUUAAAGCAUAGAGUAAAAGUCUCUCCAAAGACCACAAACGGGUUGGUUAUUCAUUUAGUAGCCUUUCAGACAUUUGUCAAUGAUCAUGGUAAGUUCUUGGUUGGUUGCAAACAAUGGUCUACUGUUGUGGACUACAUUUUUAUGGCAUGGAAACAUGUGGACAAUAUGCCAAUAGAUACUAGCAUUAUGCAUGUACGAGCACGCAGAGAUUGUUUUUGUUUAUUGUUAAGAUAUUGUAUAAUAGCACUCAUUAAACUGAAAAACACAUUUAGCAAAGAGAAAAAAGAACAUUGUUUAAAAUAUUUGAAAUUACUAUGUGACACCAGCGAAGAUGAAAUUGUGAAAAAUAUACAAGAAAUGUUUUUCAAAUAUAUUUAUAGUAUUGAUUUUCUGGAAUAAUUAAAAAUUAUAAUAAUAUUAAUGCGA